UAAAGAGACCAAAUGUGGUACCAAGAGACAAGAGUAGAAUCUAAAAUCUACACUAAAUAUUUAAUUGUGAUCGGGAGUUUGAUCUAGGGAAGACAAAAGAUGUACGCAACAAUAUCUUUAGAACACGAUGUUAAUAGUUUCCAGUAAGCAAAAAUAGAUUUUAUUGAUGAAUAGGAUCGAAUACAAUAAGUUGGACUAGAUCGAAUUACACAAGUGAGAUCGGUAAAGAAAAUGAUCUAAGAACAGGAGAAAACAAGGUCGAUGUAUGUGUGUAGCUCUCUCUAGGAUUUUCAACGUGUCCCUCUUCAUAUCCCUUCUUCUUCCUUUAUAGUAAGUCAACCUCGUGAUGUUCGUAACGGUUCCGAGAUCUCCGUCUCUUGUUCCGCGAUCUCCGCGACCUCGACGACUCCUCUUCAAACUCGACUAUUUGCUAUGGGCUUCAGCUCCCUAAGGCUCAUGUCUUUGAUCGCGGUCCAUUAAGGUAUUACCUAAAAUUGGGUCCAACAAUACAGAUUUUGUUUCUUAAUAUUGUGCAUUAUGAUUCAAUGUAAAGAUCCAGAUGUAUCUGUGUAUGUAUAAUUCUAUAUAUGUAUGUCUGAAAAAAUGGUUAACUCCUUAUUGUCAUUGUAUUUAUGGACGGCCGCCUUCACAUCUCCUCCGUCGCAUAUUCUAGUUACCAGAGAGACAAGAACUGACACUUUUAUGCCGUUGUAAUAUUUCUUCCAACAACCUCGAUCCAAAGGAUUUAAAGUCUCGGCGAGGAAGCUUGCGUCAAGGCUUCAAAAGCAGAACGUUUUAGCUAUAUCAGGUUUGUGAUCAGUUGGUUUGGUUUCUGAGAUUCCUCUAGGUUGAUUUUCUUUGCCUACACUUGGUACGUAUAUUCUAAGUGAUUUGUUUAUUGUAAUGUGUUAAAUCAAUCCGGUUUCUCCUGGUCCGACCGAUAUUUAGUCCUUCUUUAUCACUCACAAUUCACAAACACGCACAUCUCUUUUUAAUUUUGAACACUAGACUAUGACACUAAUUAACGGCAUCUUCACAAACUACUAGAAUACAAACUCCUGCCAUCAUAAUCUUUAUUUGGUUUCUUAAGUUUAAGAGAUUAGGUUCGGUCCAAUGACGAGUUUGUCUGACGUUAACCGGCAAAUAAAAAACAGCCAAGUCCUACCAAACUAUUCUUUUCAACCUCCAAAAAGAUACAAGUCACAGAAACAGUCUUUUGUGCACACUGGCCACUGUCUGUCACAUCAAUAAACAUGAGUUGGUUCACCUAUGAUAUAGCCGUAACAUAUUUGUCUAGAGAACAUGAAGUCUAUCUAAUUUAAAUUACGAUGUUGCAGAUGGAGAGAAUAACUAAGUGGGACUUAGGAUCAUUCAGAACGUACUACUCCGUUGAACCUAGUGAGAAGUUUCACGAAGACGAGUACCUAGACGGUAGCCUCGUUCCUCGUCUUGAAACCGAGUUACGGAAGGCUCAAUCUAGAAUCAAAGAGCUUGACACAGAAAAGUUUGGAUCCACAGAAAAUAUUAGAUCUUUCAUCAGAGACCAAAGUAUAAGCCGGGAAGAAAACACUGAUCCACUUGUUGAUUACUUGAAAAAGAAGUUAAGCAAAGAGAGGGAAGAAAGGAAAAGAGCUAAUGCUGAGAAUGCUAUGUUAAAGAAGAAGAUGUGGGAUAUGGAAUCAUCACUGAAUCGGUUGAGGAGAGAAAGAGACACGCUAGAGAAGGUGUGCGAAGAACUGGUGACGAGGAUCGAUGAUUUGAAGGCAGAAACAAGAAGAAAAUGGGAUGAGACGGAGGAGGAGAUGCAGAUGUUGCAAAUGGCUGAAUUGUGGAGGGAGGAAAGUGUUAGGGUUAAGUUGAUGGAUGCAAAACAUUCCUUGGAGGAAAAGUAUGAAGAGAUGAAUUGGUUUGUUGAUGAGUUAGAGAAGUGUUUGUUGAUGGCAAGAAAAGUGGGACCUGAGGAGAUGAAGUUGAAAAGAGUUGAACGUUUGAUUAAGAUGGCAAGAUCUUUGGAAGAUGCAGCCAACUAUUUUGAGUUUGUGUCUCUGAAGGAUAACUAAUGUUCUAAAAGUAAUAUAGAUGGCCUCUAAUCAUAGUCUUGAAUUCACCGGUAGGUAGGAUUUGUUGUUUGAAGCAUCUAAGCUUAGGUUAAUGUCUACUUAUGCGAAGAUCAUCCUCUCAAAAAUAUCGUUUGAAGAAUUUUCAGAGUUAUUUUUAACGAUGUGUUCGUACUAAUUAAUUAGACAACAUUAUCAUUCGCAGUCUAGCGAAUAAGUCAAGCUGGUUGUUUAACAAAACGGCAAGUUGAUAAACGCUGGAGACAUUGUAGUCUAGGUUAACAGAACCCGGACUGAUAAAUUUUGUAACAUUUAGGUCCGAAUAAGUCCACACUAACGGCACCAAUCCGCACUACAUCAAUUCAUGUUAGAUGAACAAAGGGACACAUAUGCGAUUUUGAUAGUGUGGGGAACCUACGAAGACGGCCAUCCGAAACAACUUUUUCAUAGUGUGGUAUAUUUGAGCUUCAAGAUCAACAACAAAGAAACAAUGUAUCUUCAAACCAAUCAUCAUGCCAAAGUGCUCCCACGAUUCAGGGACAUGGUUACAUUUAUAAUCUUAUCUUAUAUCUUUAAUCAUUGCAUCUUGGAAGUUUAGUGGGAACUACUGCAAAAUAAACUAAACAUUGUGAGCAAACUUGUUAUUGUAAGUUAAGUCUGUUAGAGAAUACGGAAAUUAUCAAUGUCAACCUCUUGUUUAGCUUUGUUGUCAUUGUUUAUCAAAUGUUGAACUCUAUCUACAUGGAAGAUUUUUUUUUUCUGUUCUUUUGUCACUUGUUUUGUUUGUUUCUUUCUAAAAUGAAUUUAACAAAAACAUUAAAAAACUGUAUUAUCUUUUUCUUUUUUUGUUUCUAAUGAUCCAUUGAAUCUAGAGAUCCAAUCUUUUUCCGGCGUUACGAUUGCACAUGGCCAAAUCAUGUUAUUCUCUUUAUACUUUCCAACUCCAAGAAAUUCGAUUUCCAAAUUGAAUACUAUAUUAAAAACUUGAAGAUGCUAAGCUCGUCAGCUUCUGCAAGGGUUUGCUUUUAUAAAUUAGAUUUAUAAUCUUUCCACACCUCAACAAUUUUAACUUAAACUGGAUAUUUCACAUGAGAAAGUUUAUUUAUAUCGUAACAAUGAAUUUGGAGGAGAUAAAAACAUUCAAAAGCAUUGUGGAAGAAAAUCACGAGGAUUCAACUGUCUGGUUUUACACAGAAUAAAUUCGUAAAUAAUAGGAUUGGAUAAUGUGUGUCCUAUCAUUCAUAAUAUAAAAUUAUGAAUAGCUUAAUUAUACAGUUGAUCUAUUUAUGUCAUUUUAAAAAUACAGUAGAUUACAAACUAGUAAACUACGUAGUAGGGGUGGGCAUUUCGAUUUAGUUUCGGGUUCGGUUUGGGUUCGGUUUGGUUUGGGUAAUUUGGGUUUUAUAAAACUCAAACCAAUUAAAACCAAAGUAGCUUUGGGUUGGGUUCGGUUUGGGUUUAAUUCGGUUCGGUUCAAUUCGGUUUGGUUUAGAUUUAGUUUGGUUUACAUUAUUAUGGUCUAGUUUGGUUCGGUGUAGUUUGGGUUGGUUAUAAAAUAUGAAGGCAUUAGUUUUAUACUUUUAUUAAAAAAUAAUCAACUCAUAAACGAUAGAGUAAGAAUAUAAAAACUUAUGCUACAUGAUUUUAUAUAUAAUAGUAUUAUUUGAAUCGUAUUUAUAAUUUUUUUUAAAGAUAUGGAAGUUAUGAAAAAAUGAAAAACGAAAUUUUAACUAAAAUUUGCAAUAUGUUAAUACAUAUAUAUAUAUCAUAUAUAUUUUUACUAUAUAUAUAUUGGAUUAUCGGUUUGGUUCGGUUUAAACCCAAACCAAACCAAACCGUUCGGGUUGAGUAAAACAUGAACCAAUUGGGUUACAUAAAGAGCACGGUUUGGUUUGGUUCGGUUUAACUUCGGUUUGGUUGGUUCGAUUCGGUUCGGUUUGGGUUUUUUGUCCACCCCUACUACGUAGAGGUAGUAGGGGUCUAUUGUGGGGUUAGUGAGUAAGAAUAACAUAAUGACUUAUUCGUCUUGCAAAAAGACAACUUACCUGACUUAUAUAUUAUUGACAAAAAAAUUGUCAAAUUAAAAAUAUAUAUCCCUACAUUGAUUUAGACGUGUAAUAUAGAAAUAUCUAUAUUACACAAUAUUUUUGGUUUUUAAUAUUUAUUGUAUCUAUUUUUUU